AUGUACAGCAAGGUGAGAUGCUCCAGGUGUCACCAGAAGAUGGAGCGAUGUCAGCUGUUGGAUCAUGAGUCUGCUGAGUGUGAGCAGCGUCUGCAGGUCUGUCUCUUCUGUGAUCUGGAGCUUCCUUUGAAGGACCUGCAGGAUCACUCUGUGGUGUGUGGGAGUCGAACAGAGCUCUGCAGGGACUGCGGACGCUACGUCACUCUGAAGCUGCUGAACGAACACACCUCCACCUGCCCGGGGACUCAGAGUGGAUCAGAGCCUGCUGAGAACACCAGAGGUCUGACACCUCAUAAAGUACAACUGGAACGCACCAUUCAUCCCAAACAGCCUGUCGCAGUUAUUGAAGGCCUCCAGCAUGUCGCCCAGAACCUCAGCAACCUGCAACCAUGUCCUCAAGGGGUGAGGGUUCAACGCUGA